AUGGACAGUGGAAAAAUGGAACAGGCUGCAUAUGUAGACUAUAUAAAAUCAAAGAAAAUGCUUGCGAGCUGUGAGACCCACAAGAAAGAACUCAUGAAGGCGCUUGAACAGAGUGAAGUUGAAAAGGAAGACCUUAAGAGGCAGAUUGAGAAAAGCAAAACAGAAAAAGAAGAGCUUAAGAAAGAUCUUGAGUGGAGCGAGGCUCUGAAGAAUGAUCUCAAGAAAGAGCUUGUGAAGAGUGAAUCUCAUAAGAAAGAACUCAAGAAUAAAGUGUCUGAGUUGCAGGGUGAGGCUGAGAAACAUUUUACGAAGAAAAUAGAGUUUAUGAGGAUUAAUCUUCAACAACAUAGUAGAGAUCUUGAGGAAAAACUCAAUAUGAAGGAAUCUGAGACAGUUGAGCUUAAGAAACAGCUCAAGAAGAUUGAGGCUCAAAAGGAAGAUCUUAAGUAUGAGCUUGAGCAGACGACAGUAGAGAAAGAAUAUCUUGAAGCUGAAAAGGAAAACUUUGCAACUGAAAAUGAAGAGUUUGAAACUGAAAUUAUAUAUCUUGAGGAAGAGUUUGCGCAGAGUGAAGCUCAAAAGGAAAACCUUAAGAAACAACUUGAGAAGAGUGAAGCUCAUAAAAAAGAGCUAAAGGAAGCUCUUGAGGAGAGCGAAGCGCAAAAGAAUGAUCUUGUGGAGAAUCUUGGUUUGAGUCAAGCUAUAAACAAAGAUCUUAAAAAAAAACUUGAACAUUGUGAAGCUAAAAAAAAGGAACUUGAAAAUGAAAAUGAACGGCUUCAGCAAGAGCUUGAGGAGAGCAAAGCUGAAAAGAUCGAGAUUCAAAAAGAACUUGAGCAACUUGAUAUGCAACUGCAACAAGUGCAAAGUGAAGCUCAAAAGGAAGACCUUAAGAAAGAGCUCGAGCAAUCUGAAGUUGAGAAGGAAAAUCUAAAGAAAAAACUUGAGAAGAGUGAUGCUCAAAAUGAAAAUUUUAAGAAAAGGAUUGAGCAGAUUGAAGCUGAAAAGAAACAUAUUGAGGAAAAGCUUGAGGAGUGUGAAACUGAAAGAGAAGAUAUUGAAGCUGAAAAAGAAGAUCUUGAGGAAAGGCUCGAGGAGUGUGAAGCGGAAAAGGAAGAUCUUGAAGGAGAAAGGGAAGAUCUUGAGGAAAAGCUUGAGCAAAGCCUCGCUAAAAAGGCUCAUCUUAAGAAAGAGCUUGAGCAAACUGAAGCUCUAAAUGAAGAUCUUAAGAAAAAAAUUGAUCAGAAUGAAGUUGUAAGAGCAGAUCUUAAGAAAGAGCUUGAGCAGAGUGAUGCUGAAAAGAUAGAACUAAAGAAAGAACUUGACCAACGGGAGUUGAAACUAGAAAAAAUGCAAAUUAGUGAAGCUGAAAAGGAAGAAUAUUUUAAGAAUGAGCUAGCACAAAAUGAACUGGAAAAAGAAGACAUUAAGCAAGAACUUGAGAAUAGCAUAGCUAUAAAUAAAGAUCUUCAGAAAACACUUGAGGAUAGUGAUGCUGAAAAGGAGGAACUUAAGGAAAAGCUCAAGAAGAGUGAAACUGAAAAGGAAGAGCUGAAGGAAGUUGUUGUGGAGAUAGAAGCUAAAAAGGUGGAUCUUAAGAGGGAGCUUGAGCGGACUGCAGCUGAAAAGAAAGAGCUUACCAAAGUACUAGAGGAGAAAAAACUGAAACGAAUGCAGAGUGAAGUUGAAAUGGAAGCAUUUAAAAAGCAGAUUGAAGUUGAAGCGGAAGAUGUUAAGAGAGAACUUGAGAUGAGCAAAGCUGAAAUGAUAACAUUUAAAAAGCAGAGUGAAGUUGAAAUGCUAGCUGUUGAGAAAGAACUUGAGGUGAGCAAAGCUGAAAAGAUGGCAUUUAAAAAAUUACUUCAGCAGCGUGAUCUGGAACUUCAACAACUGGUGGAACACACGGAUAAGAAAGUUACUUUAGAGCAAAACAAAGUUGAUGACUUACUGGCAGACUUGGCAAAGGAACGCAAGCAAUGGCAGAGUGAAAAGGAAAGACUUCAAUGGAUCAAUGCUGAAUUGGAAAAGCAGCUUGAAGAUGUCAACAAGAAAAACAUCAGCAUAGAGGAAGAUGAUGAGUUAGAAGUUGUUGAUGAUGCGUGGUUGAAAAUUUAAAGUUUAAUUAGUUUCAUUCAAUAC